AUGUCUGAGUUCUGGAUUAUUUCUUUGCCAGGGGAAAGAAACCCAGAUCAGGUUUUCGAACGCUUAGAUGCAACUUUAUCGAAAUAUAAUGGCAUAUCGUCGCAAUGGAAGUUCCAAAUACCAGCUGACCUCAAGGUUGGAACUUUGGAUGUUCUGGUUGGUUUGUCGGAUGAACUAGGAAAAUUAGAUAUUUAUGCAGAGGGCAUUACCAAGAAGGUGGCUCAAUAUAUGGGCGAUGUACUAGAGGAACAGCGACAUAAGCUAGAAGACAAUUUGACUGUUAAUGGAUUGAACCCUGCAAACUUUUUGAUCAAAUUCCAGUGGGAUUAUGCGAAAUAUCCCCUCCUUAUACGCUAUUAUAUCAGAGGUAAACAUUUUCAACUUUCAAAAAUUGAUUCUGACUUGAAAAAUAAGUCUACGGCUUACAAUGCCGUGAAAGGUUGUUUACUCAACCUCGAACGCAAACAAACUGGGAGUCUACUUACUCGCGAUCUUGGUGACAUAGUGAAAGGAGAACAGUUCGUAGUUGGAUCGGAAUACAUGGCAACAUUGGUGGUGGUAAUACCUAGGUCGUCUUACAACGAGUGGCUCUCUUGCUACGAAACUCUCACUGACAUGGUUGUUCCAAAAUCUUCGGAGUUAAUCUUCGAAGACCAAGACCAUGGUCUGUGGACCGUUACUAUUUUCCGGAAAAUGGUCGAGGAUUUCAAGAAUCGAUGUCGAGAACGAAGGUUCACUGUUAGGGACUUCGAAUACGAUCAAAGAAAAAUAGAAGAGAGCAAAAGUGAAAUGUCAAAGUUGGAAUCGGACAAAAAACGGCAAUUUGUAAGUACGCAUCGUUGUCCCAAACCCUACAUUUCUAAUAAGGAAUUAUUCAUAAGAUCCUUUUUCCUAGUACGUCCGAGAUUCAUUUUUUCUGUUUGCAAAUCUGGAAUUCCGGUUUCUGCAAUCGUUCGAACCCCGCCACCGCCACCCGACUUUGGUGGUAGUGGUUCGCCACUCCAGGUUCCGGGGCUUAGGUUGCCGAUUUCAACCACUGAAUAA